UCUUUUGCGCAAUUUUUUUCAGAUUUUGUCUACCUUGAAUAGUGUGAUAAAGUCUAAACAGGGAAUAGUCCGAUGCUUUCAGCUUUGAUUCAUGAUGUUCCCGUGAGUGAUACCCUGAAAGAGGUUCUGUGUCCUUUAUUCUGGCUGGGAGCAUUCCACGUUCUCUGCGUUAUCGUGGCGCACGCAUGAUUGAAUAGGUACACCCAUUCAAGACACGUACGCUGUCGCAGUGCAGUGCACGCAUUUAACCCACACUAGUAAAGGUGCCAAGACAGCAGCGUCAUGCAAAAGGAGGCACAGCCUUUAUCGGGGUAUGUAUGUAUGCUGUAAAUCACACGUUAUCCUAUUUCAUUUCAUACCUCAAUCCUUCUCCUUCUUCUCGAUCAACCAACCAAUCUGACAAUACAGUAAAGAUGGGUUUAUUGGAUAAAUUGGCGAAUAAAGUACAACAACCACAACGUCCUCCUUCUUAUGGUGGAGGACAAGGUGGAGGUUAUGGUGGUGGUCCAGGUGGAUAUGGAGGCGGUCCAGGUGGAUAUGGUGGCGGCCAACAGCAGCAAUCACCAUACGGACAAGGUAGUCAAGGCGGACCAGCUUUCCCCAGCUCACCACAACCAGGCAACAAUUAUCAAUCUUCAGGAGGAUCUGGACAAGAUUCAAAAGGAGACGAUAGACCUUUACCGGAAGGAUGGGUAAAACAAUGGGAUUCAAAUUAUAAUCGUCAUUUCUACGUUGAUACAAGAGCCAAUCCACCAAGAUCUAUUUGGGUACAUCCUUCAGAUGAAGGUAAAUCUUCUCAACCACCUCAACAACAAUUCACCGCCCCUUCAGGUCCACCUCCAAGCGACAAUCGUCAAGGUUGGGGUCAAGGCCCACCAAACAACAGCCACCUUAUGGAGGCGGAUACGGUCAACAACCAAUGAUGAUGCAACAGCCCAUGGCAGGAGGUAAUCGAAUGGGAGGCGGCAGAUUUGGUGGUGGUGGCGGUGGUAUGGGAAUGGGAGGAAUGGCACUCGGUGCAGGUGCAGGUUUAUUGGGAGGUGCGAUGUUAAUGCACGGAAUUGAUGAUAUGCAAGAAGAUGCCUACAGA